AUGGCUUGGAAUAGAAGCUUGGACUGGAUUCGUGAUGUUGACCUUCUAACUGGCUUGCGAGCAUAUGCAGCAGAUCCUGACCUUCAACAAGAAUGGAUGAUGGUUAAGAAGAUUAACAAAAUGAGGGUCGCUGAGUACAUUGAAACAAUGAGUGGUGUGAAGGUUAGUUUAGAUGCAAUGUUUGAUGUCCAGACAAAGAUGAACAGGAUAGAAAGAAAGAAAGAAAGGAUUCUGACUAUUUCAAGAUUUUACCAAUGUAUAUACUUUGUUUGUAGUUAA